UCGAUUACUUGGAGUGAUAGAAUGUACCAAUCACAUAUCCGGAAAGUGUUCAAAAGAAACAGGAACUGAAUCAUUGUUAAAUAGUUUUCGACAUUUCUGCAAGGAUCAAUUUUCAGCUUUCAAGUAUAUUUUUGAAUGUUUGGAUCUUCAUUCGACAGCAGUUUUGCGUGAAUGCCAAGAAAGAUGUAAAGCAACUCGUCAAAUACUUGGAUGGUUCUUAUACAGUUAUAUUCACUCCAUUUUACCUUUCUCAGUACCGGAAUCUGUAAUACCGGUUAGAAUUAAUAUGCAAUACUUCAAUAAGAUGAGCGGCGGUGCAUGUAGCAUAUUAUCGUGUUAUAUUAACUGCUUACGGGAAAAGUAUAACAAGCGAUGCAACGACAUUGGUGGAGAUAUGUUUUUGGAAGUACUGUUCAGACCGUUGAUAUCGUUUCAUAAAUCUUGGGCAUACAGUCCAAUAGCUACAUCAAUGUCGCUUAUUUUGCCACAAACAUGUGACUUUUUCACAACUUUAGAUCAAUUAAAUAGCUACAGGCUAGACGAAAAGACAUAUGUCAAAAUCAACAAUGCAUUACCCCAUGAUGCGAAAAAUCAAUAUGCCAAUUAUCUGAAAGGUCGUAACUUAUCCGCUAUUUCAUGGGUUCCACUUUUGAAAAGCUUACCCUUCCCGUUGAAUCAAAAAGAAUUUUCAAUUAAUCCAGCAGAAACUUCAAUACCAAUACAUAUCGAAGAGAUUGAAGAAGCAAUUGAAGAAUUUAAAGCGAUAGAUAAAUUACAACAGUUGAAACAGUAA